UCGGUGAUUGUGUAUUUUUUGUGUUGUUUGUGUGAAAGACGAAAAAAAACUUCAGUGGUGACAAACCUGUGAUGUGCUUUGGGACGAAGCAACAACUAGCACGAAAAGCUCUUCGUUUUGUUUGAUGGUGUGGAAAAAUGGUAGUCAUAAAUCAACAGAGGAAAUUCAACGUUUCUUCUCAGAGGAAGGAAAAAAAGUAAAGAUUCCAGUCUAAUAAACAGUAAAUCAAAGAUGAGAUGGCGAGUCGCGGGUGGCGUGGGCGCGCCGCUCGCCGCUGCCAUCUUCUUCAUGCUGCCUCUCAUCACAUCGUCCACUGGAGAUAUCAGACACCACGGCACAUCACGGUCACGCGGCUGGCGAGCGCAACCUUCGUCAGAUGUGACGGCAAAUAACUCAGUAAGCAAUGUCACUGCGCAACUUGGUGGCACAGCUUACUUGCAUUGUCUCGUCGGUCAUUUGAACGAACGAGGGCAAGUGUCGUGGAUUAGGAAACGCGACUGGCACAUUCUAAGUUCCGGUAAAUUUACAUACACGAACGACGAACGAUUCCAGGUCCUACACGGCGAGGGCUCUGAGGAUUGGACUUUGCAGAUUAAAUUUGUGCAGAAAAGAGACAAUGGCACAUACGAGUGUCAGGUAUCAACUCGCACUGGUAUUGUGUCACAUUACGUACGACUACAAAUCGUGGUGCCCGAAGCUUUCAUUCUGGGAUCCGGAGAGCACCACGUCGACCUCGGCAGCGUUAUACAUCUCAUCUGUAUUGUUGAGAAAAGUCCAACGCCACCGCAAUACGUAUUUUGGUACCACAACGACCGCAUGAUAAACUACGAUGCGACGCGUGGCGGCAUUACGGUGGAAACGGAGCCGGGUGCGCGUACACAGUCGCGGCUCACAGUACGAGGCGCUACAUUGAAAGACUCCGGCAAUUACACGUGCAGCGCUAGCAACACCGAACCCGCCUCAAUACACGUGUUCGUCUCUGAAGGCAGCAACAAGAUGGCGGCGAUCCUGCGUCGCAACACAAGCGCGAUACACGGCAUCACGUCGAGCGUCACCUGUCUAUUGCUGCUGUCCUCAGUGAUGGUUCACUUCGGCCUACGAUGACGGUGAUAUUAAGAUCACGGUAGUUAAGCAUUUGGUACUGUAUAUAAGUUUAUCGCUGUCUUUCGCAAGUUAUCGUGUUGAAUAGUCAGAAACAAAACUUACCACCUCGAUGUCAUGUUCAUGAAUGCUCUUCAGCGAUGCUCCUUCAAUUUUUUUUGCAGUAUAAGGUGGCAAACUGACAAAGCAAAGCGGUUGCAACCAUUCAGUAACGAUUUUAGCUCUACUAGCGCCAUGGACAAGACACCCUUUUUUACCAUGUCUUGGGAGGCAGGUUAAUAGGGUUAUGUAUGCGAAGAUAUUAUGUCCAGCGCCCUGGGCGUUCACCCAACCACGCCCUACCCUAACGCCGGCCCUGUAAUAUAGACUGAGGAACCCUACAUACCUAAAGAGGGUAUUCAGGAGGUUUAUCAAAGCUGAUCCUAAAAAUUUGUAGCGGUUCCGACACUGAUAGGCGACUAUGCCAACUACCUCCCACCACAACCCAGCGCCUCAAAAACAGGCGAGAUUUUUCAAAGCGUCUUUGUGCGAGAACAUUAAAAUUGAUUUUAUUUAAGUAACUGUAAGAAUUAAAAGUGAUAUACGUAUAACCGUACAAAUUUAUAAUAGUAGGAAUGGCAAGGAUUUAUAAACUUGAUUAUACAGUACCAAAGACAAUAUUUACAUACCAUUUCAUUCUAGUCGAGUUAUAAGCUUCGUAAGUUGGUUCGUAAUUAAUAUAGAGUAAAUUAAUAAUUGUGGUGUCUAUUCUUAAUCUCUUGUCAUUUUUUAAAUUUUGAAACUGGUUUAUAGAUCUUUUUUUUUGAGAACACCAAAACUGUGAAACAGGGUGUGCUUUUUUGGUAAUGAUAUUAAAGCCCAUUUGUUGAAAAUUUACCUUUGUUUUUUUACUGCCCAAAAAGCUACACAGUCAUAAU